GAAGCGUACUGCCAGUUCCCGUCAAGCAUCGACUGCCCGGUGGAUGGCAGGAUUCACAUCAUCAAGGAAGCGCGUGUCCAGGAAGUUGUUAAUGCCGAUAGAAGUGGACAGCCUCUCGAAUCUAGCGCAGCUAACACAGGUUCUACGGGACUUCCAAACUCAGCUGGUACAUUGUACUACGCGUUAGCUUCUAACGGUACAUUCUACCUUUGCACCACCAUGUCAGGAACAAGUGCGUCUGGCUGGCCCGAUGAAUGCAAAGAAAAC